AUGUUCACCGUAAUUAGAAGACUGCUCCGCUUGCUGAAGCCGCGACGAUGUUACAACAUCAGAGGACACGACCAUCUAAACGCCAAAAAAUCCGCUGAGUCCAAGAAACUGCCAUUAACGACCAAAAGAAGACACUCCACCGCUAAGCCAAAGCUCGUCUUCAAACAUAGCCUUAAAAAAGAUGCUGACUGCUUUGUGGGAACGAGGUACGUCAAUGGAGACAUCUCGAGCUUUGUGGAUUCUGAAGCAUGCUCCGAUUGUACGGCGAACACGGAAAGCGACCAAAGUUUCGAUGAUAAUGUGGAAGAACCAAGCCGAAACACUGAGAAGAUGAUAUCAAAAUUCCUCGAUUCUACCAUGUCUUCAAUUAGAACAUCAGUCCACUCAACUGUAGAAGCGUACAACGAGUAUGUCAGACUAAAACAUGCUAUGUAAGUUUUUAAAGGCAGAGAAUCAAAUCAUUGUACAGUAAAUCCUAGUGUAAUUAUACUUUCAUUGUACGGGUAAAUCCUAUUUAAUUAUGUAGUUUGUAAAAUUUAUAUUUUUCAGCAAAAUUAUUCAAAAGCUGUCAAAAGAAAGUGGCAAUGAAGCAGGAUUGUCCACAGAAACAGAUGAGAUGUUUAUGGUGGAAAUGACCAAGUGUUUGAAAGAGAGUACAAAGAAGUUAGAGAAAGAGUAUCCACGAUUGCACAGCUACGCUCACAGAGGCAUCAAACGCUAA